GCGCCCACUGGCGCCUCUUCCCUUCCGGGUGCGGGCGGGCGGGCGCUGCAGGGCACGUGCAGGGCUCGCGACCUGGUCACCUUGCCGCGCGGCGGCCCCCUCCCCCUUCCCAGGGCGAUGGCCGGGCUGGUCAACCUGGAGGAUGAGGAGGAGGUGAAGGGCUACCUGGAGAACCUGGGCAUCGAGUACAGCUACCAGUGCCACAAGGAGCUCGAGCCGGACGGUUGCCAUCGACUAGCUGAUUAUCUGGAGGGGGUGAAGAAGGACUUUGAAGGAGCUGCUAAGGUGCUAAAAGAAAACUGUGAAAAGAAUGAGCAUUGUGAGAGUUGCUAUAAACUUGGAGCUUACUAUGCAACUGGGAAAGGUGGACUCCCCCAAGAUUUGAAAGCUGCCUACAACUGCUUUCUGAAAUCUUGUGAAAAAGGUGGGAAGAAAUCAAUAAAUGCUUGCCACAAUGUUGGACUGUUAGCACACGAUGGGCAAAUAAAUGAUGACAAACCUGACCCAGUCCUCGCCCGGGACUAUUACACUAAAGCAUGUGAUGGCAAUUUUGUCCCUAGUUGCUUCAAUCUUAGUGUGAUAUAUCUUCAAGGAGCACCUGGGAUACCAAAGGACAUGAACUUGGCUUUGAAGUACUCUUUGAAAGCGUGUGACAUGGGUCAUGCGUGGGCAUGUGCCAAUGCCAGUCGAAUGUACAAACUUGGAGAUGGAAUUGAUAAGAAUGAUGCCAAGGCAGAGGCUUUAAAAAACAGGGCAAAAGAGCUACAUAACGAACAGAAAGCUGCUAAAGCCUUAACGUUUGGGGAGUGAACCCAAUCAUUCACAGACUUCUAGGUCUGCUACUAAAAGUUUAUGCAUCAUUCAAAAGUGCAAACAAACAAAAAACCCAUACCUGUUGCACUCUUAAAAUCAUCUGUGUGUACAUGUUUUCAUGUGCAAGUUUUUGUUUUGGGGACGCACCUGAUGUGUGUACAACUUCUGGGCGCUAUUAUUUGACCAGUUUUUCAGACAAACAUUUGGGGCAAAUUUUAAAUUAAAGGAGCAGCUUUA